ACCGUAUUCAGAAAAGAAGCCUUACCACAUCGUCUGCUGAUUUCAUUCGUCUGCGCCGCGUGUGCUUGAUUCCUCGCAAGCAACCUUCUUCCAUCACACCAAAUCUCUUUGCUUUCACAUCGUUGUACAAAUCAUGGCUGAUGAAAAUAAUGAGAUGAAGGAAGUGAAGGACGAGCAAGAACUUGCACCCUUUGAUCCAACCAAGAAGAAGAAGAAGAAGAAAGUUGUCAUUCAAGAUCCUAUCGAGGAUUCUACAGAGUCACAGCCCGAGAAAUCUGAUUCAUUGCCUGCUAAUGAUGGCCUCGAGAGUUCAUUUGUUGGAUUGAAGAAAAAGAAGAAGAAGCCUGUUGAAAUUUCAAGCUCAUUGAAUGAAGAAAGUCUCGAUGAUCCAGAAGAUUUGGAUGAGCAUGCCAAUGACGAGGAAGAUGCAGAGGGGAUAGAUCUGCAGCAGCAGCAACGUUACCCCUGGGAGGGAAGUGAUAGGGAUUACAUUUAUGACGAGCUUCUUGGUAGAGUCUUCAACAUUCUCCGUGAAAACAAUCCGGAGCUUGCUGGAGAUAGGCGUCGUACAGUUAUGAGGCCUCCUCAAGUUCUUCGUGAGGGAACAAAGAAGACUGUGUUUGUCAACUUCAUGGACCUUUGCAAGACGAUGCAUCGUCAACCGGAUCAUGUGAUGAAUUUCCUGCUUGCUGAGUUGGGUACUAGUGGUUCCCUUGAUGGGCAGCAAAGGUUGGUUGUCAAGGGGAGAUUUGCACCCAAGAAUUUUGAAGGGAUAUUGCGGCGCUAUGUCACUGAGUACGUCAUUUGCCUUGGUUGCAAGAGCCCGGACACAAUUCUCUCAAAGGAGAAUCGUCUCUUCUUUCUCAGAUGCGAAAAGUGUGGAUCUGGACGAUCUGUGGCGCAGAUUAAAGCUGGUUUUGUGGCUCGUGUUGGUCGCAGGAAGACUUGAGAAAUUGGUGGGUGAAGUGAAAACUAAAAGAGCUUGUUUGUUAUGGACUUGAGAAACUAGUCUUGUUUUUUCGUUUUGUUUUAGAAUAUGAGGCAUAAUCUACUUUGAUCUCCAUAUUAUGACUUGAAAAAAAUCAAAUAUGGGUUAGGUUUUGAACAUUCAA